UAUUAAUUGGUUUGAAUACAAACAUGAAUAUUCAAAUAACUUUAUUGACUGUAUUCGUUUGUGUAUUCUUACCAAAGAGUUAUGAUGGAAGAUUAACUUACAACUAUUUUGACGAGAUGGCGCAAUCGUACUGUGCAAGUCGCUCAUUGGGUUAUGUGUUUUCUCUUCGAAGAAAUUGUGCGGGACGAGCAAAUACUUGCGAGGAAAUCUGUGCAGGUGCAAAGACUGAACUAUUGGCUUCAAUCAAUUACCAGAGAAAGCGAGUCAAAUGCUUUGAUGCAUACCAUAUCAGUAAAUAUCAUAGCAAGCUUCGGGAUAAUCCCUCUAGUUGGCAGCCUGAUGCAGAGAAAGUAAAUCUGAAAACCUAUGGAUAUGGUAAUGGUGGGUGUACGUGGAAAGCUAACCAUUGUGGACCAAACUACUGCUGUUGCAAAGCUUAUUAAAAUGUUUGAGACUACCAAUGAAUUAAAAAUAUCCUAUAUUUUA